UUCUCAUUAAAUAAACAUCGCACUGUAUUGAUCCUUUCUCUGUGGAUUCACAUCCCAACCUCUGCACCUCAACCAAUUAUCAAUGAAUUUCUCCCCAUAUUUAUUUUGUUGGCACGAGUACACCUACUUAGUGAGGCUCGUGAGCUACCCAGCGAGCCAGCCCAGUGCAGGAAAUGUGGGGGAAUCUCACGUGGCUUUGGAGUUAGUGUGGUCUUGGUAUCUUGGCGCGCUAGGUACUCCGUACGUCAUUGCAGGUUUUAGGGAGAACCCUAGGCCUAGCUAUAACAAAGCAGACGACACAUGAAUCCGACACUUUGAACAGUUACCUGAAUCAGUUACACAGCUCCUAGAUUUCUCCCAAUACUUACGAACGGACAAAUAUCUCGUGUCGAGUGGCAUUGUGGAGAGAGAGUGUGUGGCAUUUGAAACGCUCACAUUUACAUUCACAGCCUUACGAAGGUCGACCCCUCGAUCGGAUCAAGCUACCGAAUUAGAGACCUAGCUAGCACUUCUACCUCGUCAGCGAUCUGGGUAGUUAAGUUUCUCUUGCAUACUUGGUACAAACGGACGACAACCACACAACAAAUCUCCGAAGGAAACACCACACCAACAAAGUUUAACUUCUCAAACGACAAGACAUUCAAAUAAACCAGCAAUCAUGACCGCAACACCUACUCUCAUCAACCUGCCCGAGCCACCUUCCAAUCCAGAGACUCCUACUGAAGCUCCGUACGUCUUUCCCUUUACAAACGAGCGAAGGAGAAGAAGAAGUAAAGGACUGAACUAAUGCAAUACGUGAACAGAGGAACCCCAAACUCAACAACCACCUCCAUCUCCGCCCUCAGCACAAUCGCCAUCAAAGACGGCCAUCGCGGCUCUGGAUUUCCUCACACGGGAUCAGGUCACCAUCACACUCCCUCAACCAACACUCUCGAAGCCGAGCGCGCAGACCGUAUCUCGCGACUUGCAGGUCUCGAGCGGGUUUCUACCGCGCGACCGUCGGGCACAAAUCAAUCUGCUGGCGCUGCUGCGAUCCCGGGAUACUUUGAUCAAGCAGGCAACCCAGUUUACACGACGAAGAUUAGCACGGUUGGUUCCGCGAGCGCGACGGGUAGCCUCGGUGGUCGGACAACGACGUGGGCGAGUGGGAGUGGGAAGGCGAGUGGAGAUGGUGAUGGUGAUGCGGAUGAGAGGAUGAGUGUUGAUGGAGUUAAUGGUGUAGCUGGUGGGUCGAAUUUCCGCGACCUCGAGGCGGAGAAUGAGAAUGAUCGCUUCUCGACCGGUGCGAUGGAUGAGGAUAUGGAUGAUGCGGAUGGGAUGAGUGACAACACCUCGCUUGUUGGAUUUGGCGAGGGUGCUGGGUCGACGGUCAGUGGACCGACGUAUAGUCGUCGUGAUUUGGCGGCUAGUCCGGCGGCUGGACGAAGUGCGCUCGCGAUGCAGUUGCAGAGGGAAAAUAGUGGUGUGACUAGUGCGAGUGUGGAGAGAGAACGAAGAGAGGCGAGGAUGUUGGAUGGUAUUUCGGAUGAUGCUAAUGAUACUGCUGCUCACGGUGUCAUGGCUAGAGGCGCGGGUGGUGUCGAGACUGCGGAGAGAAUCAUGAAGGAUCGACUUGAUGAGAGCGAGGGUAAUAAGAAGGCCCCGCUUGGUAGUCCUGACUCGGCUGGAUUGGGCAAAUUUUACUUCGAGGAGAAGAAGUAGGGUGGCUGGUUUGAUCUUUUGCUUCUUCAACUGGCUACAGUAUCUUCCCUCGUUACUUUCAUUGUUCUUCUUUUUCCUUUCCCGCUUUUACAAAAUCACACACAGAGAAAGAGAAAGAGAGAAAGUAUGGGUGGUGGUUUACCUACUUGCUUGCUCGCUGGCUUUUCAUAGUCCUUGACGAUAGGACAGGAGUUCUUUCCUAGGUAUGGAUUCACAGGAUGGGAGAUUGGUGUAUGUGGAGUGAUUGGGAGUGGACUUUGUGCAAACUGAAUGAAAGGGGAAGGGAGAUUUGGGGUAUCAGAUUCUUUUCUUCUUGAUACCUUGUGUAUGAAGUACCUACAACUCUACAUUACAUGGACACACCUCUUUCCUUCUUGUCUCUUGUUUUACUCUUUUGUACGGUUCUUUUUACGGUCCUUGGGUUUGAUUGGGAUUUGGGUUCUGGGUGUAGGUACGGGUGCGGGUUUGGAUGGCGUGGAGUGGCUCCUUUUUUCUUUUGUGCUUUUUUGGGGGGUCUUUUGGUGGAUAUUUUGAAUGUGAAUGUGAAUUGAAUGAAUGGUUAUUUUA